GGCUUCCAAUUCCAUGGAUUUCACUCUCACCAUUUUCUCCUCCUUUCUCAUCACACUCCAUUUCUCUUCUCCCUCCAUUGCAUCUUCCCAACGCGCCAUUUGCUAUCCCACCCCUUUCCCUUCCUUCUGCGAAUCACAAUCGCCGACCAACUACAACCACUCCGCCACCGUGUGCGACUACGGCCGGUUUUUCAUCCGCCGUUCCCUCGAGACAACUCAAAACUUCAUCUCUCUCGUCAACGCGUACCUCGGAAACCCGUACGCGUUGUUCCAGACCGACAUCCGCGCACUGGGAGACUGCGGCUCUCUCCUCGACUUGAACGUGGAUUUCUUGUCCGCCACGAUUCAAAACACCGAUUCCACCGAUUACCUUCAAAGUUCCCAAGCAGAGGACAUGCACACGUUGCUAAGUGCUGUUUUGACCAACCACCAAACGUGUUCGGACGGGAUUCAAUCGUCGGCUAGUUCGAGCAUCCAAAGCGCGCUUCUAGGCCCGUUUGAAAACGGAACCAUGCUAUACAGCGUGUCUCUGGCGCUUUACAAGCAAGGUUGGGUCCCCGGCACGUCGAAAGGCCGGUGGCUAACAGAGAGAAAUCCCCCGUUUUCCGCGAUUGGUUCAGGCCGAAAGGCUGAUGAUCGCUCGCACCUGAAAAUCCCGAGACGAAGCGAAGGAAACAUUCGCGAGGCGACAUCGAUGAGGGGAAGGAAACUUCUCCAGCUUGGCGGGGGAUAUGUCCAUGUGAACCAAAUGGCGGUUGUGAGACAAGACGGGACCGGGGAUUUCAGCACCAUCGGGGACGCGGUGGCGGCCGCGCCAAACGGCACGGAUGCCGGAGGCGGCUACUACGUGAUUUACGUGGUGGCCGGAGUUUAUCAAGAGUACGUUUCCGUUGGAAGCAGCCAGACGUACGUGAUGAUGAUUGGGGAUGGCAUUGGCCAGACUGUUAUCACUGGGAGUAGAAACGUUGCGGACGGAUGGACCACGUUCAAUUGUGCUACAUUCGCUGUGGUUGGAACAGGAUUUGUAGCAGUGGGCAUAACGAUCCAGAACACAGCAGGAGCAGCAAAAUACCAAGCAGUAGCACUCCGAAACGGAGCCGAUUUAUCGACAUUCUACAGCUGCAGCUUCGAAGGCUACCAGGACACCCUGUACACGCACUCCCUCAGGCAAUUCUACAAGGAAUGCGACAUUUACGGCACUGUAGAUUUCAUCUUUGGAAACGCCGCGGUUGUUUUCCAAAACUGCAGCAUCUAUCCGCGGCUUCCAAUGGCUGGCCAGUACAACACCAUCACCGCGCAAGGCAGGACCGAUGUGAAUCAGAACACGGGCACUUCGAUGCAGAAUUGUAAUAUCGCCGCGGCACCCGACUUGGCUUCGAGCAGUGGCACGGUCCAGACGUUUUUGGGCCGGCCCUGGAAGGAGUAUUCGAGGACGGUUUAUAUGUACUCUUUCAUGGACAGUUUGAUCGAUCCAGCCGGUUGGAGUGUUUGGUCUGGCGAUUACGCUCUCGAUACAUUGUUCUAUGCAGAGUGUGAUAAUUACGGACCGGGGUCGGGCACGACGUCCAGGGUUAAAUGGCCCGGUUAUCAUCUGAUGGACCCGACAGAUGCGUCUAAUUUCACUGCUUCAAACUUCGUAGCGGGAGAUGGGUGGUUGCCGUUCACCGGAGUCCCUUACACUGGGGGUUUAAUGUGA